AUGACCAAGAAGGAAUGGAUGACUUGUCAGGUUCCUAGGUUGACAGUACAGGAGCUGGUCCAGGGAUACCAGUUGACUCUGGCCACGCCUUGGACCCAGGAUGACUUAGAGGACAACUUCCCAAAAGGGGCUGUCAGGACAGAGUUCUGCUCUCGUGUCAACCAACAUAGGGCACGACUUCCCCUCAAUGUUUGCCGCGAAAUCCCAGUCCAGACAGGUGACAUGAAAAACAACAGCCAGGUGGGUCGGGUCGAUGGUGGGCCGACCAUCAUCGCCAAGGACCAGUUUGCACCCUUUGGCAUGAAUGCUGUCUUGCUCCUCCAAAGUAAAGAGGGUUCAGAGGAGUUGUUGGCAGUCGUCCCAAGUGGGCCUAAGGAGCUGUACAAGGAGGUGAUGGUGGAGAAUGUCCGGAACCUGCUCUCUGUGGGGCUUCCAGCUCCCCCAGAAGACAUGCUCUCUUCUUUGGAGCAGAGGGAAGCCCCAUGGAUGCUGAAGCAAGAAGGCCUGAGGAGCUGCUGCCCAGGAGAGGUCAGACCUGAAGUGAAGGCGAAUCCAACAGUGAUGAGCUUUCCUGUGGAAGACUUGGACCUACAAAGAUUCAUGAGUGAUGGUCUUGUUAACUUUGCUUUCAGAGAAUUCUGUGUUGCACCUCAAAAUUCAUCUCAUAUUGAACAUCAAAGAAUGCACAGUGAGGAAAAAUCUAGUGGAAAUGAGUGUGGAAAGCCUUUUAUGUAUAGGAAGAAAUCUUAUGAAUGCAUUCAGUGUGGAAAGACAUUCUGUCGGAGCUCUGAUCUUGCUGUACAUCAGAGAAUCCACACUGGGGAGAAACCUUUUGAAUGUAAGCAGUGUGGAAAAACAUUCAGUCAGAGAUCCCAUCUUAGUCUACAUCAGAGAAUCCACACUGGAGAGAAACCUUAUGAAUGCAAGCACUGUGGAAAGACAUUCAGUCGGGACUCCAAUCUUGCUGUACAUCAGAGAAUCCACACUGGGGAGAAACCUUAUGGAUGCAAGGAAUGUGGAAAAACAUUCCAUCAGAGCUCUGAUCUUGCUGUACAUCAUAGAAUCCACACUGGGGAGAAACCUUAUGGAUGCAAGGAAUGUGGAAAAACAUUCCGUCGGAGCUUUAGUCUUGCUGUACAUCAGAGAAUCCACACUGGGGAGAAGCCUUAUGAAUGCAACCACUGUGGAAAGUUAUUCACAGAGAACUCCAGUCUUGCUGUACAUCAUAGAAUCCACACUGGGGAGAAACCUUAUGAAUGCAACCACUGUGGAAAGACAUUUAGUCAGAGCUCUACUCUUUCUGUACAUCAGAGAAUCCACACUGAGGGAAAGCCUUAUGAAUGCAAGCAGUGUGAAAAGACUUUCCAUCAGAGCUCCCAUCUUGCUACCCAUCAGAGAAUGCACACUGGGGAGAAGCCUUAUGAAUGCAAGCCAUGUGGGAAAGCAUUCAGUUCCCGAUCCAGUCUUUCUGUACAUCAGAGAAUUCAUACUGGCAAGGAACUUUAUGAAUGCAAGCAGUGUGGAAAGACAUUCUGUCAUAACUCCAAACUUUCUGUCCAUCAGAGAAUCCACACUGGGGAGAAACCUUAUGAAUGCAACCACUGUGGAAAGGCAUUCAGUUGCAGCUCUAGUCUUGCUGUACAUCAGAGAAUACAUACUGGCACGAAACCUUAUGAAUGCAAACAAUGUGGAAAAACAUUCUGUCAUAACUCCAAUCUUGCUGUCCAUCAGAGAAUCCACACUGGGGAGAAACCUUAUGAAUGCAACCACUGUGGAAAGGCUUUCAGUCAGAUAUCCCAUCUUAGUCUUCAUCAGAGAAUCCACACUGGGGAGAAACCUUACGAAUGCAAAAAAUGUGGAAAGACAUUCCAUCGGAGCUCCAACCUUGCUGUCCAUCAGAGAAUCCACACUGGGGAGAAACCUUAUGAAUGCAACCAUUGUGGAAAGGCAUUCAGUCAGAGAUCCCAUCUUAGUCUACAUCAGAGAAUCCAUACUGGGGAGAAACCUUAUGAAUGCAAGAAAUGUGGAAAGACAUUCCAUCGGAGCUCCAACCUUGCUGUACAUCAGAGAAUCCACACUGGGGAGAAACCUUAUGAAUGCAUGCAGUGUGGAAAGACAUUCUGUCAGAACUCCAAACUUGCUGUCCAUCAGAGAAUCCACACUGGGGAGAAACCUUAUGAAUGCAGACAGUGUGGAAAGACAUUCAGUCGGAGAUACAAUCUUGCUGUCCAUCAGAGAAUCCACAAUAGAAUGCACACUGGGAAGAGACCUUAUGAAUGUAAGCAAUGUGGAAAGGCAUUCAUUUGUAAUUCCCACCUCACUGUAGAUCUGAAAAUUCAUACUGGGGUGGAACCUUAG